GCAGAGGACGAAAAGCAAGUGCCUUUUUUGUUACUGGUUUUUCCCGUAGAGAGAGAGAGAUCACGAGCUUUCUCUUUCGCUUAUUACAACCCGAAAAAACAGGGCAGGGGAUCCAAAGGGAGAGGAAUCUCAAGAAACCCAUUGUUGUUUGGUUAAAGAACUCACGGGUCACAGCGAAAAAAAAAAUCUGUUCUCUGCAGUCUCUUUCUCAUACCCACCAGCUUCUUCGUCGCCAUCUUCAGUACCAUUAUCUACCUCCGUCCCUUCUUCUCCUUCUUCUUCUUCAAAUCCCAACUGUCCAAAUUUCAAGACGUCGCUGCUGUCACCCGGAAACUUUCCAGCUCAGUCUCUCGUUGUUUUGGCUUCAGGGCAUAACACAUAGCGAUGUCGUGGUCGCAGUCAUGUUGGGUCUCUGUUAGUUAGCUCAAGCUGUUGUAUCGUGUGUCUUGCUUUGUUCUUUUGUCUGAAACAGAGCUGAGAUCGGAGAGAGAGAGAGAGAGAGAGAGAGAGAGAGAGAGAGAGAGAGAGAGAGAGAGAGAGGGAAAUGGAUCGGCAAGCGGUGACUGUUGGGGGGAUGGACAUGCCGAUCAUGCACGAGAGCGACCGGUACGAGCUCAUGAGAGACAUUGGGUCGGGAAAUUUCGGUGUGGCCCGAUUGAUGAGGGACAAGCAGACCGACGAGCUUGUUGCUGUCAAAUAUAUCGAGAGAGGUGAGAAGAUCGAUGAAAAUGUUAAAAGGGAGAUAAUCAACCACAGGUCUUUAAGACAUCCCAAUAUCGUAAGAUUCAGAGAGGUCAUAUUGACACCAACCCAUCUGGCUAUCGUCAUGGAAUACGCGUCUGGUGGAGAACUGUUUGAGCGUAUCUGUAAUGCUGGCCGAUUCAGUGAAGACGAGGCAAGGUUUUUCUUCCAGCAGCUCAUUUCAGGAGUUAGCUAUUGCCAUGCUAUGCAAGUCUGUCACCGGGACUUAAAAUUGGAGAAUACGUUAUUAGAUGGCAGCCCGGCUCCUCGUCUAAAGAUAUGUGAUUUCGGGUACUCCAAGUCCUCAGUGUUGCACUCUCAGCCAAAAUCAACUGUUGGAACCCCGGCUUAUAUUGCUCCGGAGGUUUUACUAAAGAAAGAAUACGACGGGAAGAUCGCGGAUGUGUGGUCUUGCGGGGUGACGUUGUACGUUAUGCUGGUUGGAGCGUAUCCUUUCGAAGAUCCCGAGGAGCCUAAAAACUUCAAGAAGACGAUACAUAGGAUCCUGAAUGUUCAGUAUUCGAUUCCCGACUAUGUUCACAUAUCUCCCGGAUGUCGCCACUUGAUAUCCAGGAUAUUUGUGGCCGACCCUUCCAAGAGGAUAAACAUUCCGGAGAUAAGGAACCACGAGUGGUUUCUGAAGAAUCUACCAGCAGAUCUAAUGGAUGACAACGCGAUGAACAACCAGUUCGAUGAAUGUGAUCAGCCGAGGCAAAGCAUCGAUGAGAUAAUGCAGAUCAUCGCUGAGGCCACGGUCCCUGCUGCUGGCUCACAGAGCCUGAACCAAUAUCUCACUGGAAGUUUGGACAUUGACGAUGAUAUGGAAGAAGACUUGGAGAGUGAGCCCGACGAUCUUGACAUCGACAGCAGCGGAGAGAUAGUUUACGCCAUGUGAUGUGAUCUUGAUAGGGACUCUCUCUCUCUCUCCUGUGACAAAGAAGAAGAAGAAAGAAGAAAGAAGCAAGAAACUGAUGGGUGUUUUUUCUUCAUGACUCUUGUCGCUAUUUCAUCUGUAUGUGUGUGUGUGUAUUGACAGUUUCACUUUGGUCUGAUCUGCAACACAAUCUCUCAAAGACAAAUGCGUGUUAGAGAAUCAAACAAGAGCACAGAAAGAGGGAGGAGGCUUUAAGGCUGGGAAACAAAUACAUGAAGUCUCUAUCAAAGUAAACAGUGAAAUUAUUGAAUUUGGGUUUAAAUGGGGGGCCGGUCCUAUACACGUGUCAUUGUUUGAAUGGCUGUUGUUGGGUAAGGUCAAGGUGGUCCAAUCAUGGUUUUUAUUUCCCAACAUUUGUCUAAUUGAAUGUUCCGUAAGCGUUA